AUGAGGGUUGAAUACGAGAAUAUGACCAUUGAUGCUCUUAAAGCCAAAGCUUUACGUCAUCUAGAAGAUGGAGGGAGUUUCCUGAUGGCCAAGCGACAGAAUUUUGAAGUUAUCACACAAAAGAUCCUAGGGCUUAACAAAGAGGUUUUGAAGGAUAUUGCUGAUCGAAUGGCAAAUGGAGGACGUGUCAGGCCCAAAACAGAUGAAGAGAAAGAGUGCUUUCAGUUGCUCAAUAUGCUUGAUCAUGUUGAACGAGAUUUGGUCACUGCUAGCUUUUAA